UUUUUCUCCUCUAAAAUCAUUCGACUGAGAUUCCAAUUGCAGAGAGCUCUUAAACCCUGGGCGCAGAGAGAGAUCCCAAACCGCCAAAGGCAGCAGACAGGAAUCAAUGGCGCUAUGGAGGAGAGCUCGGGCUGCUUCACUUAAGCCUCUUUUCACUAGAAUUCUAGAACCUUCUUCUUCUUCUUCUUCUUCUUCUCUCUCUUCCGUUCCCAGCCAUACUUUCCGCAAUUUCUCCACUGAUGUAGCUGAUACUCCUUCGUUUCGAGAGAAGAUGAUGAAACAAAUGGUUCAUCUCGAUAUCAAUUCACAAGUAGGGACUUGUAUGCCGCUUGCUUCUAUGCGUAUCGGUACAUUUAUCCACAACAUUGAAGUUAACCCAGGUCAAGGUGGAAAAUUGGUUAGAGCUGCAGGUACUUGUGCUAAGAUCAUGAAAGAGCCCACAGAAAAACACUGUUUGGUCAAGCUCCCUUCAGGAGUUGAAAAAUUGAUUGAUUCCCGAUGUCGGGCAACAAUUGGUAGGGUCUCAAACCCUAGUCAUAGCACUCGAAAGCUCAGGAAGGCUGGUCAGAGCCGAUGGUUGGGUCGAAGACCUGUUGUUCGAGGAGUGGCGAUGAACCCAGUUGAUCAUCCUCAUGGUGGUGGUGAGGGUCGGAGCAAAAGUAGUGGGUCCUUUGGGAGGGUGUCUCAAACACCAUGGGGCAAGCCAACUAAAUGUGGUAGGAAUCAAGAGAAGAAGAGGACUGGAAAAUUUGGGUUAUUGUUGCCACAAAAAUCAAAGAGCAACUUAGCUAAACGAAUCAGGUGGCAAGAACUAGAGCGCUAGCAUCAUGGCAAAUCAAAAUGAUAUUUGUUUGUUGGUAGGUGGGCUAUACACAUCUGAGGUGAAUUCUUCUGGGUGGAGUUAAUUGUGAACUGCUACAUCAGUUUAAGAUUCAAGAACUUCUAAAUCUGCUCUGCCAUACAUAUUAAUUAUGCACUAAGCAUGUAUGCCCCUUGGUUGCUGUUGUUUUGCAUUUAGUUUUUGAACUCAGCUUAUUUUACUUCAUGAGGCUAUCAUGGGUAGGUACAAUUUUUAUUUUGUUCUUUUUAAAUAACUAUCAAUUCUCUAAUCUACUUCUCUCUAUUCAGUUA